AUGAAAAAUUCACGUAUAACAAGGUUUAGACGUUUUAAUUUCACUCUUUAUGAACAUGUGGAUACAUCAUUUGUUAAAUCUAUAGAGGAGAAAUUUCGAGAUUUAAAUAAUUGUAUUCAAUAUAUUAUCUUCCAAUUGGAAUUCAACCAUCAUGCUUCGGGUUCAGAUGAACGUAUACAUAUGCAAGGAUUUGUAAUAUUAAAGAAUCAAAUGAGAAUUGGAAAAUAUGAUCGAGAGAGAGGGGUUGGAUCUGGAAUUAAGAAUAUAUUUAAAUCAAAUAGUAUUCAUAUUGAUUUUGCGAAUGGGACACCAGAUCAAUGUAGGGAUUAUUGCAGUAAAAAAUAUAAUCGAUGCAAGGAUCACGACAGUUGUAAAUGUGAUUAUUUUGAUUUGGAAAGGGUAUGUGAGAAAUGUGAUGAGAAUUGUAUUAGGGAUUUUGCUCGUGUGUAUGAUGUGAAUAGAGAUGAUACACCUUCUGGACCAUGGGAAUUUGGCGUUAUUUAUAAUAAUCAGAAUCGAACUGAGGGUAAUAGUAGGCAUUCGAGAAAAAAUAAAGAGAGUGAAUAUAUGACUAAAGCGAUAGAUAAGAUUAUAGGAGGUGGUGAUAUCGAUGAGGCAAUUGUAGAAUGUGCACCCAUGAUUCCAUCUCGUAUUACAGUUAACAUGGAUAGAAUUGCAAAAGCAGUUAAUAAUAUUAAUGAUAAAUUUGGUGGACGAUGUUGGGAUCCAUGUAAUAUUUACAUAUUUGGGACACCUGGAACAGGGAAAACUUUUUGGACUAGUAUCGUAUUUCCCAAUGCAUAUAAAAAAUCGAUGGAUGAUGAUUGGAAAUGGUGGGAAAAUUACAAUAAUAAUCAUAUCGUUGUUAUUAAUGAGAUGGAACGGGGAUCUGCAUCAUAG